AUGACCCUCCAGAAGAUCGAAGCUGACGUGAAAGUGAAUGCAAAUGUUGGCAAAAGGGCUUACGUCACUUUCCUUGCUGGAAACAAAGACUACUGGAUGGGUGUGGUUGGUCUAGCCAAAGGACUCCGUAAGGUGAAGUCAGCUUAUCCUCUUGUGGUGGCCUGUCUUCCUGAUGUGCCGGAAGAACACCGUCAGAUCUUGUUGGCUCAGGGAUGCAUCAUCCGUGACAUCGAAAUGGUCAUUCCUCCAGAAAACAAAAUCGGUUAUUCCAUGGCUUAUUUUGUCCUUAACUAUUCCAAACUUCGUAUUUGGGAGUUUGUUGAAUACGAGAAGGUGAUGUAUUUAGAUGGUGAUAUUCAAGUGUUUGGUAACAUUGAUCAUCUUUUCGACACUCCUUCUGGUUACUUGUACGCGGUUAAAGAUUGCUUUUGUGAAAUAUCAUGGUGCAAUACUGCUCAGUACAAGAUCGGUUACUGCCAACAAUCACCUGAAAAGGUGACAUGGCCGGUGGAAACUCUCGGUUCUCCCCCGCCUACCUAUUUCAAUGCUGGUAUGUUACUGUUUGAGCCAAAUCUUGACGUGUACGAGGAUCUCCUUCGUGUUGUCCAAAUCACUACCCCAACGUAUUUUGCUGAACAGGAUUUUCUGAAUAUGUAUUUCAGAGACACCUACAAGCCAAUUCCUUCCACCUACAACCUUGUGUUGGCUAUGUUAUGGCGUCACCCGGAACUUAUUGACCUUAACCAAAUCCGUGUGGUCCAUUACUGCGCAAAUGGGUCAAAGCCAUGGAAAUAUGAUGAAACUGAAGAGCACAUGGAGCGUGAAGACAUAAAAAUGCUUGUGAAGAAAUGGUGGGAUAUUUAUGAAGAUCCAAGUUUGGACUACAAGAACUUUGUGGAAACUGAGUCUAAGUUGAAUCCAAUCGCUAAUGCACUCUUGGCUUCCAAUGAAUCUGAUGGUGAUGUUCUCACGAGCCUUGCCCCCUCUGCCGCAUAG